AUGUUCUCAAUCUCCAGUGCCCUCCACCAUCUUGGCGUGGGAUGGCUCGCUGCAGCGGCUUUGUCGUCUUUGACGCAAGCUUCUCCAAUGCCCGAGAUCUCUCCUCUGGAAGUUCGCGCUGCAUCUGGGGAUCGCCUCGUCUUUUGCCACUUCAUGAUUGGUAUCGUUGGUGACCGAACCAGCGCCUCUGACUACGAUGACGAUAUGCGACGGGCCAAGGAUGCCGGCAUUGACGCCUUUGCGCUGAACAUUGGUGUUGAUGGGUACACUGACCAGCAGCUUGGAUACGCAUAUGAAUCUGCUGCCAAUAACGGCAUGAAGGUGUUCAUCUCCUUUGACUUUAACUGGUGGAGUCCUGGUGAUGCUGGCGGCGUCGGCCGAAAGAUUGCCCAAUAUGCCAGCAGACCUGCCCAGCUUUUCGUCGAUGGACGUGUCUUUGCCUCUUCUUUUGCCGGUGACGGGCUCGAUGUCGACGGUAUGAGAUCUGCUGCUGGUUCGAAUGUGUACUUUGUUCCCAACUUCCACCCCGGGCAGUCUUCGCCAGACAAGAUUGACGGUGCUCUUAACUGGAUGGGAUGGGACAACAACGGCAACAACAAGGCUCCAUCCAAUGGCCACACCGUCACCGUUGCAGACGGAGACAACUCGUACCAAAGCUGGCUCGGUAACAAGAAAUACAUGGCACCCGUGUCUCCUUGGUUCUUUACGCAUUUCGGUCCCGAAGUCUCCUACAGCAAGAACUGGGUCUUCCCCGGUGGAUCGCUGAUCUUUGACCGCUGGAACCAAGUUCUCCAGAAAGGAUUCCCCAUGCUUGAGAUUGUCACUUGGAAUGACUACGGCGAGUCUCACUAUGUCGGUCCUCUCAAUUCCCCUCACUAUGAUGACGGCAACUCAAAGUGGGUUAAUGACAUGCCUCACGAUGGCUGGUUGGAUCUUUCCAAGCCUUUCAUUGCCGCCUACAAGGCCGGUGCCACGUCCAUCAACAACUACAUCAGGGAGGACAAGAUCAUCUACUGGUACCGCCGGACUCUUCGCACUCUCGACUGUGACUCAACCGACACCACCGCCGGACGACCCGCAAACAAUGGCAGCGGAAACUACUUCAUGGGCAGACCCGAUGGUUGGCAGACCAUGGACGACGUGGUCUACGUCGUAUCCUUCCUGACCCAGCCAGGAACCAUUACUGUCCAGUCCGGUGGUCAGUCUAAAACCGAGAAUGCCCCUGCCGGUGCUCACAUCUUCACUGUCCCGGCUGGCGUCGGUCAGCAGAAGUUUUCUCUUACCCGCGGCGGAAGCAAUGUCUUGUCUGGUACCUCAUUGAUGGACAUUUCCAACGUUUGUCCAUGCGGCAUUUACAACUUUAAUGCCUAUGUCGGUACUCUCCCGGCAGGAUUCAACGAUCCUCUCCUACCACAUGGCCUGGCAUCGUUGACAAUCGGUCUUCACGUCACUACUUGCGAAGCGAAACCUUCUCUGGGAACAAAUCCUCCUGUAACUAAUCCUCCCGGAGGCGGUACAACCACCACGACAACCACUUCGCCUGGCGGACAGCCUCCCACCAGUACCACCACCUCUACCAAGCCUCCUGUCACAAGUCCCCCCACUGGUGGCCAGGUUUGCACCGGCGGAACCAACGCGGACGGAGAAAGCGGCAACUACUCUGGCCUCUGCAGCUUCGCAUGCCACUACGGAUAUUGCCCGCCAGGACCUUGCAAGUGCACCUCGUACGGCAGCCAGAUUGCACCUCCUCCCGAGACUGGCACCAACGGAUGUCCUCUUCCUGGCGAGGGUGACGGAUACAAGGGCCUGUGCAGCUACACUUGCAAUCAUGGCUAUUGCCCUGACACUGCUUGCCGCCGCUGCUAA